AUGCCACGAAAGAAACAGAUCAAAUCAACUCGGGUGCUUGACCCUGCCGUAUGGGAUCAAGUAGUUGAUUCACCUGAGGGAGCAAAACACGAAGCAUCCGCGAAACAUGUCGCAAAGCUGGGUGAUUUUCAUGCCAUGCGCGCCACAGCUGCAGAACUCCGGGAGGACAACCAACAAAAUCUCGAUGAAGGUGGCAAUGUUGAGCCAGCUAGCGCGGUAUUGGCGCCGGAAAUAGGAAACCCAGCAAACGAGCAGGUGUGCCCACCAGAGCUGCUAACAUGGGCCCCAUACGCGGGAAUUGCACAUUUCCCCGAUGGCAUGAUCCGUGAGGAUAAUCACACAAUCGAUGGAGCUGGUAGUCAGUUUAGCGAGGAAAUCUCUGACUCAGACUAUGUUCCAUCUGAAGCUCGGUCUGUACUACUCUCUGAAUUGGACUCCGACAAUGAGGCCAACGGCGAAGGGUGGGAGAUGAACCCCGGGGAUCUCAGAGCUAUGGUUGAAGCAGUCAUGCCUUCAGUACAAGGAACUCGUCCUCAACUGCCACCGACCCAAAAGCAUCGGCAGACUGAUAAAUCGUGGUGGCCCUUCCGUUCCAAAGAGGCUAUACUCAUUCUAUUGUAUCUCGAAGCUUGUACAAUCACCUCAAGUUAA